UUUUUAUACCUUUGAUAAUUUAACAAUCUUUCCUCUUCUUGUUCGGCUAUCAUUUCUCUUUCUUAGGGUUUUUUUUCAGAUCGUCAAUCACCCCUCUUUUCUAAUCUCCCUAAAAAUUAGGGCUUUUUUCAUAACCCACCAAUCUCAACCCUCAGAAAUUCAAUUCACCAUGUGAAAUCAUCUCAAACACCCCCAAUUUGUUGAUUUUCGAACAAUUGAAUCAUGAAUUUACAACCCAAUUUACCGAAUGAAAUGAUGAUGGGGCAAGUGCCCCAGAUGGCUAAUUCAUCGUUUAAUGCGCAGGCACAGAAUGUACAGAGUGGUGGUGAUCAUCGAAACCACCCGGAUACGGAGAAAGUUCGGAGAUUUGUGCAGAAGAAGAUUUAUGAUUAUUUGAUUCUGAGAGGGCAACAGCAAUCGAGUGAUCUUUCGGCCAAAAGAAUGAUUGAUUUGACAAGGUUGUUGGAGAAGGCUUUGUUUAAUGCGGCUGCGACUUUGGAUGAGUAUAUGAAUCAGGAUUCUUUGGAGACUCGGUUGCUUUUUUAUUUGAAGCAGUUGCGGAAUACGCAGAAUCAGAGGUUGUUGCAACAGCAGCAGAUGAAUUCUGGGUUGGCGAAUCAGAAUCAGCAGGUGAUGCAGCAACAGCAAGUUAAUUCGGGCUUCGGGAAUAUGAAUCAGAAUCAGCAGUUUGUGCAGCAUGGGAAUUCCUCCGGGAAUUUGAGUACUAUGAUCCCGACUCCCGGUGGCUUUUUGCCACUUACUAGUAGCAUGGGUAGUGCAUCUUCUUUUUCUAAUGGUUAUCAACAGCCAACUUCAGUCUUUCCCACAACUUCGGGUAGCAACAACAUGGUUUCAUCAGUGGGUGGUGGUGAGAGAAUUCUUAGCCAGAUGAUGCCUACUCCGGGAUUUGUUAAUUCCAAUAAUACUGAGGCUUACAGGAGUUUGGAGUCUAGUAAUAGUGGUGUGGUCCCAACUGUUGAAUCUAUGAUGGUAUCACAGCCCCUGCAACAAAAGCAGCACAUCAGUGGUCAAAACAGACGUAUAUUGCACAAUGUUGGUAGUCAUAUUGGUGGUGGGAUCAGAAAUGGGACCUUCAGUGGUGGUUUGGGAAUGAUGACUAACUAUGCACAGCCUGUGAAUGGUACAGGUAGUUUUGAAAACCAACUGCCAAUGUCACAAGUUCUGCAUCAUGAUGGGUACGGGAGUGGUAGUGCUGAUUUUUCUGGCUCUGGUACGGGUAAUGUGUAUGCUUCUUUGAAUGCUCCUGGGCUUAUGGCGAAUAAUCAGGGCAACCAAUCAGAAUUUCUCACUGCUCAACAGGAUGUGCAUGUAAAGCCUUUGAUUGAACAGUCCGUAAAGAUUAAUUCUCAAUCGACACAGUCAUUAACUGAGAAUGUUGUGCAGUCUCAUCAGCAACAACUUCUCCAGCAACCUAAUCAGAUUUCCCAACCAAGGCUGCAAAAUCAGCCAAACCAGCUAGUCCAGCAAAAUCAGCUUAUCCAGCAAAACCAGCACAUCCAACAAAACCAGCACAUCCAGCAAAAUCAAAGUUUACCAAAUGGCGAAUUACAAAUGCGCAAAAACCAGCUGAGGUGGUUAUUGUUCUUGGGUCAUGCCAAAUCUUGUCGUGCUGCUGAAUCUUGUGCAGAAAAGCAUUGCAUAACUGUUCAGAAACUGUAUAAGCAUAUUGAAACAUGCACACUAACUCAAUGCCCAUAUCCUCGUUGCCAUGGUACAAGGUCAUUACUUAAUCAUUACAAGAUAUGCAGGAGGACAGACUGCCCUGUUUGUGUUCCGGCUAGAACUUUUGUGAACAAGUGUAAAGAAUCUAGGACUAAUGAUCCCUCUGUCAAUGGAUCUUUUAGUACCUAUGAUAAUAGGAAUGCCUCAGGCAGGUUGAUUAAUCAGUCUGUUAUAGAUACAGAAGAUGUAAAUCCUCCUACAAAACGCACAAAGAUCGAGCAGCCUCUGCAGUCUCCAGUGCCUGACCCUGAAACUUCUGCUCAGCCACUUCCUGCUUUUCGUGAUUCUUGUACUCUGCCGGAUGUACAGUAUUUGGAACAUAGACCUGAUGAAACUUGUAGACCAGUGAAAUCAAAUGUUACAGGGGUGAAGUUGGAAACUUAUGCACAAGAUGUUCCUCAUGUUGAGCUGAAAAAAGAUAUGAAUGAGAACUCUAUGCGAUUGUCUGAUGGCGUUUCUUCUGUACCCAGUGGUGCUAGUGGCAUCCCUAAGGACGAAAGUUUUAAUGCUGGUAAAGAAGUUUACCAGACUAAGCCUGAGAGCGUUACAUUGCCUGCUGAAAACGUGAGUACAACCAAGUCUGGGAAGCCAGAAAUUAAGGGAGUAUCAUUGACAGAAUUGUUUACUCCAGAUCAAGUUCGGGAGCAUAUCACAGGUCUCAAGCAGUGGGUUGGCCAAAGUAAAGCGAAGGCAGAAAAAAAUCAAGCCAUGGAACACUCAAUGAGUGAGAACUCUUGCCAGUUAUGUGCAGUUGAGAAGCUAAAUUUUGAACCUCCACCAAUUUAUUGCACACCUUGUGGUGCUCGCAUCAAACGAAAUGCGAUGUAUUACACCAUAGGAGCAGGUGAUUCACGCCAAUACUUUUGCAUUCCUUGCUAUAAUGAAACUCGUGGAGAGACUAUUUCUGUUGAUGGAACUCCUUGUCUAAAGUCAAAACUUGAGAAGAAGAGAAAUGAUCUAGAGACGGAAGAAGGGUGGGUUCAGUGCGACAAGUGUGAAGCUUGGCAACAUCAAAUAUGUGCAUUAUUUAACAGUCGGAGGAAUGAAGGUGGACAAGCUGAGUUCACUUGUCCAAACUGCUAUAUUGCUGAAGUUGAAAGAGGAGAACGUACGCCCUUACCACAGAGUGCAGUACUUGGAGCAAAAGAUCUGCCGAGAACAAUUCUAAGUGAUCACUUGGAGCAACGACUCUUUAAACAAUUGAAGCAGGAGAGAAUAGACAGGGCAAGAGUCCAGGGGAAAACUUAUGAUGAGGUUCCAGGAGCGGAUUAUCUUGUUAUUAGGGUCGUGUCUUCGGUGGAUAAGAAGUUGGAAGUGAAGCCACGAUUUCUUGAUAUUUUUCGUGAAGUGAAUUACCCCAACGAGUAUGCAUAUAAGUCGAAGGUAGUGUUAUUGUUUCAGAAAAUAGAAGGCGUAGAGGUAUGCCUAUUUGCUAUGUACGUUCAGGAAUUUGGAGCAGACUGUCAACAGCCAAAUCAUCGCCGUGUUUAUCUGUCCUACCUGGAUUCUGUGAAGUAUUUCAGGCCAGAGAUUAAAGCAGUAACGGGAGAGGCACUCCGUACAUUUGUAUACCAUGAAAUUCUGAUUGGCUACCUUGAAUAUUGCAAGAAACGUGGCUUUACGAGUUGCUACAUAUGGGCUUGUCCUCCACUAAAGGGUGAAGACUAUAUUUUAUAUUGCCAUCCAGAAAUUCAAAAGACCCCAAAAUCUGAUAAGCUCCGGGAGUGGUAUUUAUCAAUGUUGAAAAAAGCUUCAAAGGAGAAAGUUGUGGUUGAGUUGACUAAUUUAUAUGACCAUUUCUUUGUAUCUGGUGUUGGUGAAUGUAAGGCUAAGGUGACUGCAGCUCGACUCCCAUAUUUUGAUGGUGACUAUUGGCCUGGUGCUGCUGAAGAUAUUAUCAAUAAGCUUCAACAAGAAGAGGAUGGUGGGAAGCUGCAUAAGAAAGGGACAACCAAAAAAACAUUCACUAAAAGAGCUUUAAGAGCAUCUGGUCAAGUUGAUCUGUCUGGAAAUGCCUCAAAGGAUCUCAUGCUAAUGCAUAAACUUGGUGAAACAAUUAGUCCAAUGAAGGAAGACUUUAUCAUGGUCCACUUGCAGCAUUCAUGCAGUCAUUGUUGUAUUCUGAUGACUUCAGGAAACUGUUGGUUUUGCAGCCAGUGCAAAAGUUUUAAGUUGUGCGAUAAGUGUCAUGAAGAAGAACUAAAACUUGAAGAAAGAGACAGGCAUCCCAUCAAUCAGAGGGGUAUGCAUAUGCUCUAUCCUGUUGAAGUCACUGGCGUGCCUGCAGAUACACAAGAUACAGAUGAGAUUCUUGAAAGCGAGUUCUUUGAUACGCGGCAGGCGUUUCUUGGUCUUUGUCAAGGUAAUCAUUAUCAGUACGAUACCUUACGCCGCGCUAAACAUUCUUCAAUGAUGGUCCUUUACCAUCUUCACAAUCCGACGGCUCCUGCUUUUGUGACUACAUGCUAUGUAUGUCAUCUUGACAUAGAAACUGGUCAAGGUUGGCGCUGUGAGAUAUGCCCAGAUUAUGAUGUAUGCAAUGCUUGUUAUGAAAAGGAUGGAGGAGUUGAUCAUCCUCACAAGUUGACUAAUCAUCCAUCAAUUGCGGAUCGUGAUGCACAGAACAAAGAAGCUAGGCAACAAAGAGUGAUUCAGCUGAGGAAAAUGCUCGAUCUGCUGGUACAUGCAUCUCAAUGUCGUGUUCCGGAGUGCCAGUAUCCUAAUUGUCGCAAGGUGAAAAGGCUUUUCCGCCAUGGCAUGUCCUGCAAAAUUCGUUCGGGUGGAGGCUGCCUUCUAUGUAGAAGGAUGUGGAAUCUUCUUCAACUUCAUGCUAGAUCAUGCAAAAUAUCUGAAUGUCAUGUGCCUCGGUGCAGAGAUUUAAGAGAACAUUUCCGUAGGCAUCAACAGCAGGCUGAUAGUCGUCGACGUGCUGCUGUUACAGAGAUGAUGAGGCAGCGGGCUGCUGAGGUUGCUGGUGGUAAUUCCUGAUAUCAAGCUGUGGAGAUGUGUCAAUCAACCAAGAUAGUAGUUUUGCUGUUUCUUGUCUUCGUUGCUGAUACCUACAAUCAGGACAGUAAACAACACAAGCAGCUUUCCGUUGGUGCUUGGGGUGGCAAGGUUGCUGCGAAGUUGGUUGACUAUGAAGCGACUUGAUCAAUUUUUUCAUUCUUAGCAGGGGGAGUGAGUAAUUUUUUGAUUCUUAAAGUUAAAAUCUUUCCUUCCCUUCUAAUAAUUAGUAGUUUGUUUAAGCUGUACACAAGUCAGAAAUACAUGUAGCAGCAGGAGAAAGGAGUUAAUAUGAAUUAUGGAUUUUGUUUUGGCAAAAUAUGGCCAGUUAUACUUUUGCAGUUGGCAAUAUGGCCAGUUAUACUUUUGCAGUUCUUUACAUAUCAUUGACUUCACUCACAUUUGGUUUGUGUUGUGAAUCAUUUCUAUGAAAUCUUUAUGGGAAUAUUACUCCUUUGAACCCCAAAUAUUAGCUUUGUUUAUUUU